UGAGUGGAGCCAGGAUGUAGGAUAUAAUUGAUUAUUUUCGUAGGAUUUCAGAAAAUAGAAAGUGAUUGAUGGAAACCACAGGAAGCAGUUUAAUCAAGCGACAGGGAUGAUGUAUCCAUACGAUACAGAUACGUACAUUCAUUCAUACGUUAGUCCGUACGCACAACCUCGUCUCUGCGCUGUGCUUCGCCUUUGGAUCGUCCGACAAUAUGCUCGGCGGGCUCUACGGCGACCUUCCGCCGCCGUCCUCCUCCGCGGAUGAGAAUUCCACCACCACAUCCACCUCCAAUGUCUGGUCGAGCAGCGCCAAGAUGGCUCCGCCCACCCUUCGCAAGCCUUUUCCCCCUCCCCAAACCAUCCUCCGCCCCCAACAUGCCAAGCCCAGGCCCGCAACGGCGCAACCGACCACCGUCACUAAAACUACCGUCACAAGUCAUUCAAUCGCAGACGAGAACAGAAACCCUAACCCAACUCCCGCGUCGUUUCAGCCUGCCCUAGUCGGAGUCACCAGCUCCGUCGUUGAAGAAUACGAUCCCUCGCGGCCGAACGAUUACGAGGAAUACCGUCGGGAGAAGAAGCGCAAACAAGCUGAAGCAGAUUUGAGAAGAGAAUUGGAGGAGAGGGAGAGGAGGGAGAAGGAAAGGGAAGAGAGGGAGCGCGAGAGGGAGAGAGAUCGAGAUCGGGAGAAAGAAUUGAGCAUAUCUGGAGAAGAAGCCUGGCGGAGGAGGGCGGCUAUGAGCGGCGGCGGCGGCGUGCCGAGAUCCCCUUCUCCGCCCCCAUCCGUGAACGUCGGAGACGAAGGAUUCAGCAUCGGGAAAUCGGAGAGCGGAGGGUUGGGAUUAGGAGCAGAAGGAAAAAUGACUGCUGCACAGAGGAUGAUGGCGAAGAUGGGGUGGAAGGAAGGCCAGGGUUUGGGGAAGCAGGAGCAAGGGAUUACGACUCCAUUGAUGGCAAAGAAGACGGAUAAGAGAGGUGGUGUGAUUGUGAAUGCCAGUGAGUCCAACAAGAAGGUUAAGAGUGUCAAUUUUAAUGGACCUCCCACCAGAGUUGUGCUACUCAGAAACAUGGUUGGACCAGGUGAGGUUGAUGAUGACUUAGAAGGCGAGGUAGCAGAGGAGUGCACCAAAUUUGGCACUGUGACUCGGGUGCUGAUAUUUGAGAUUACGGAACAAAACUUCCCUCACGAUGAAGCUGUCAGAAUAUUUAUCCAAUUUGAGAGAGCAGAGCAAGCAACGAAAGCCCUGAUAGAGCUGGAAGGUCGCUUUUUUGGGGGAAGGGUAGUUCGAGCUGGUUUUUACGACGAGGAGAGGUUUAAUAACAACGAAUUGGCCCCUCUGCCGGGAGAAAUCCCUGGCUUCUUUUGAGCAGUUUGGGGCAUCAUUCAUAGGUAUGAUGGUUUCGGACUUUCUUAAAAUGGGGCUUGUCUGGGUUGAUCUGAGUUUCUUUGUUUUUGUUAACGUUAACGUUAACGUGUGCCUUAUCGUAUCUUGUUCACAUUGUCAUUGUCUUGUCUUGUAAUGAUAUGAAGUAAUCACACUUAUACCUUGCCCAGCCAGUUCUGUUUUUCCUUUUUAUCGGAAAAUUGAUCGACGCAUAUGUUGAAAACAUUUGCUGGUUUAUAUGUUGUAUUUUUAUUAUAUGAUCGUAAUAUUAUGUGUUGUCUAUGCUCAA